AUGGGCCCCCGGGGAAAUGAGUUUGACACCGCUCAGCUAAGACUAGGUGAUAGUGGAGGUGGGAGCUGCUUCCUGUCCCUCCUCCUGGUUGCGGCAGUCGUCUGGAAGAUCAAACAGAGCUGCUGGGCGUCACGGCGACGCGAGCAACUUCUCCGUGAGAUGCAGCAGAUGGCUAGCCGGCCGUUCGCCACCAUCAACGUUGCCUUGGAAACGGACGAGGAGCCGCCCGACCUGAUUGGUGGAAACGUCAAGACAGUCCCCAAGCCCAUCGCCCUGGAGCCGUGUUUUGGGAACAAGGCUGCUGUCCUCUCCAUCUUUGUCCGUUUACCCAGAGGCACCGGGGGCAUCCCCCCGCCCGGUCAGUCUGGGCUAACGGUGGCCUCGGCCCUGGUGGAUGUGUCCCAGCAGAUGUGUCUUGGUUACAAGGAGAAGUCAGGUGGUCUGAGGAACAGGAAGCAACAACCUUCCGCACAGCCCUCCACCUGUAUCUGACCACACCCCCUGCCUGCCCGUGCCCCCGCCCAAGAGACUAUAACCCCGAACUG